CACUCCGUGAUGUACAGUGAUGCAGGUUUGGAAGAAGGGGGCUUUGUUUGUGGUCAGAUUUGUUGUCAGUUCAUUUGAAAUAGCUUUAAAAUUCAGAUAACAGCAGCACUUCAGUCUUGUCCUCUGCUGUGUGAACGUACUGAGCAGGACACUACAGGUGCAGUGUGUUUUAAGUGUCCCCUGGUCACUGAUGGAAUUUCUUAGGCAGCCAGCACCAGAGCCUGAAGGCAGACUUGAGGCGGGCAGCUCCUGCAGCGUACCUUGAGAUGUCUUCCAGUGUAAGAUCUGCUGCCUCUGCAUGGCUGUGAUGUGAGGAUGCGCUGCCUGGUGGCGAGAGUCAACCACAAGACUCUGAUAGUCAUCUGUGCAGUCUUCGCCCUGAUUACUGUGCUGCUAUGGAACAAGUGCUCGAGCGACGUGACUUUCCAUACCCCAACCAAGCCCCAACCUGAGCCUGCACCCACCCUGGAGGAAGAGGAGGACAAUGGGCAGCCCCCAGAAGCACCCCCUGUGGCCAGGGAGGUCCCGUAUGAGGAAAUUGACUGCCUCAUCAAUGAGGAUAUCACCAUCAAAGGGCGCCGGGAGGGCAAUGAGGUGUACCUGCCCUUCAGCUGGGUGGAGAAGUACUUUGACGUGUAUGGACGUCUGGUGCAGUAUGACGGUACAGAGCGCUUUGAAUUCUCCCACAGCUACUCACGGGUGUACGCCCAGAGGGAGCCCUAUCAUCCGGAUGGGGUCUUUAUGUCCUUCGAGGGCUACAACGUGGAGGUGAGAGACCGGGUGAAGUGCAUCAGCGGAGUGGAGGGUGUGCCCAUAUCCACACAGUGGGGACCACAAGGCUACUUCUACCCUAUACAGAUAGCUCAGUAUGGACUGAGUCACUACAGUAAGAACCUUACAGAGAAGCCACCUGACAUAAAGACUUACGGUAUGGAAGAGAGAGAUGGCAGCUCCAACCCCUGGACUGUUCCCAAGGGCUGUUCCCUUUCCAAGGUCCAUGACCCAGGCAACUCAGCCACUGUUCACCAGUUCAACACACCAGACAAUUCUGAGGGUAUAUCUCUGCCUCUGGACAACUCAAAGGAUUUUGUCCUGUCCUUCAACUUAAAGUUCACUUCCAACGGCAGCGUGUCAGUGGUUCUGGAGACAACGGAGAAAGGACCCCCGUAUGUCAUCCACUAUGUCACUAGCUCCCUCCUCAUUUCCUUUAAGGACAGGCAGGUCACGUAUGGCAUUGGUCCCCGAACAGCCUGGAGUUUGCUGAGUCGAGACUUGGUGACUGACCUGCGUAAGGGAGUUGGUUUGUCCAACACCAAAGUAGUGAAGGCGACUCGGAUCAUGCCUCGACGUGUGGUCCAACUGGAACUGCAUGGCUCAGGUUUCAUCAGCAACAUCAGCAUCUCCUCCACAGCUCACAUGGCUGCCUUCUUUGCUGCGAGUGAUUGGCUCCUCCGCAAUCAGGACGAGCGUGGCGGAUGGCCAAUCAAAGUGGCUCGGAAGUUGGGGGAGGGCUUUAAAACCUUGGAACCUGGCUGGUACUCGGCUAUGGCCCAGGGCCAAGCCAUGUCCACUCUGGUGAGGGCUUACCUGGUCACACAUGACCCUGUGUACCUUAGUUCUGCCAUGAGGGCCACGGCGCCAUUCAAGCGGACCUCAGAGCAGCAUGGUGUAAAGGCCCUGUUCAUGAACAAGCACGACUGGUAUGAAGAGUACCCAACCACACCCAGCUCCUUCGUGCUCAAUGGCUUCAUCUACUCUCUGAUUGGACUUUUUGAUGUGGCAGAAAUAGCGGGGGACAAAUUUGGCCGAGAAGCGGGUAUACUGUUCAGCCGAGGAUUAGAGUCGCUGAAAGCCAUGCUGCCGCUUUUUGAUACAGGUUCUGGAACUGUGUAUGACCUGAGACAUUUCACACUGGGUGUGGCACCAAAUCUAGCGCGCUGGGACUACCAUACCACUCACAUAAACCAGCUGCAGCUGCUGGCUUCCAUAGAUAGUAGCCCCAUUUUCAGAGACUACGCCAGACGCUGGAAGACCUAUUUGAAAGGUGGUCGUGCCAAGCAUAACUAGAGUUACUCUAAAAAGACUCGUUUUUUACCAUAAGGAACCUCUUGAACUGAUAAAAACCGAAACCAAAUCGGUGUUGUGAUUAAAACAAUAAAGACUUGUUGAUAAGAAGAAUGCGGCACUUAGAGAUCUAAUCUGCAAGAUUGGUAUUGUAGUCAAUCGAGGCAUAUUUUACAGGAUCAAUCUUAACUAUACAAAGCUUGAGAAAAUAUUAAUCCUAUGUUAAGGCUAUUUUACCCCGUUUCGCUUUGUUUUCAACACUGUUGUAGAGGUGCCAGCUGAACAUUAUCCACAACUUGGAAAAAUGAAAUGCUUUUUCAAAAGUUUCAAAAUGCGGUCUAAAUGUCACCAUAUGUACAUUUCUUAAGUUAAAAUGAAAACAGCCCAACAGCCACUUGUACUAUCUGCUUUAGCAGUGUUUCAACUGUGGUUAAGCUAGCUGCCUUUAUCAGUUAAACUAGCCAGAAGUGUAAUUGGAGCAUUCAGCAGUAACAACGGUAAAGGCAAUGGUAACUAAGUAAGAUAAAGAUAAGAUUAAGUAAUUUUAAUGUAGCAUUUUGAAAAAAAAAGGCAGCCUAGCAUAUCUAAUAUAAAUUAGAUUGGUUUUACUAACUUUAAUGUUCUUGAUGUGUGGAUUGUGUGGCUGUAUUGUCUAUGAAAAUUCAACUAGUGGAUUGGUACCUGGUUUAUAAUUGAUAAUAAUGACAGUCGAUAAUUGGGCAAAAAAGUUUGCUCGAUAACCCAGUCACAGCUAAGAUAAGAAAUGUCAUCCAGUAGUUUAAGCUUAGUUCAUCUUAGACAUACAUCCACAUUUUUGAAGUUGCUAAGCUUUAAUGCUCCCAUUUCAAGAAACUGUUUUUUUAUAUUUAAACGAUUGUACCGAGAGCGACAGUUUUUUAAGACUUCUAAAAUAGUGGUUCCUUAGGAAAAGCGAUUGUGACAUUUACAUGCACUUUAAGGUAAGCACAUUAAAUCUUACAUAUUAUGGUUGGGUACAAUGAACAGUGAUAGAAGCAAAUAUUAGGACUGCGGGUAUCUGUACAGCAAUUAUGAACAGCAUAUUGUGGCAUUUCAUGACAAGAAAUGGUGGGCUUAUUCAAGGUCUUGUGGGGUGUGCAAUAGUUUUAAAUGGUGUAACUUACAUUGUAUGUUGUAUUUAUAUGUUUUGUGGUAACUGGCUGUCAGUUUGAAAUUUCUUUGCUCAUAUAGUCAUAGAAAUUGAAUUUUGAGGAGUGAUAUGUGCCAUACAGCUCACACAACACAGGUUUUGGAUAAAUGUGUAGAAAUUCUGCUUGAUUGUUUUUAUAUUAUGAACAGCUUUGAGGUUAAAAUAAAUGUAUUUAGUCAUUA